AUGCCUGUUAUCUACAAAGUCAGAUUUGCCCCUUUCACUGGACAUUUGUUGAUCAAGACUGGGCAAAUAGAGAGUAAUCCUCUGAACUGCUCAUUUUCUGAAUCAAUUUUGAAUCCUAUCCCUCAUACAUCUUGUUCUCAUCUCGGAGUGUAUACAAAUGUGACUAUUGGUCUAAGUCAGACAGUGUACUCAGUGGUGGAAGAAGAGGGCGUGGCUGUUGUGUGUACAUCUGUUCUCUCUGGAACUACUUCUGGGAGAAUGUUCAGUAUCAGCUACCAAACUACUAAUGGUGAUGCUAGAGCACCUGCUGACUACAUAGCAAUGAACGGAAGCUUUGACAUAACCGACUCUAAUAGUGAACAGUGUGUCAACAUCUCUGUUGUAUCAGACAACACAAUUGAAGAUGAUGAGUGUUUCAAUUACACUAUUGUAACAUCCUCUAAUAGUAUCGGCCUUACACUCAUCCCCAAUACUGCUACAAUCUGCAUCAGUGAACCUCAAGAAGCAACUCCUUCUGAAUCCACUACACAAACUGCUCUUACUGUUCUGGCUGUGCUAGUGGCAGUAGUUCUACUUUGUAUGGCUAUAAUGGCUGUUGUAAUUUGUCGGAAAAGACCUAAGUUAUCAAGACGCCAGGAUUUCACUUCUCCACAUGAGAGACAUUACUAUCUUCCCAGUGAAGAUAGACAAACUGACAUUUUGCACCACCUCCGAGGGCAACUGGAAAACAAGAAAAUGAUAUACUCCAAGGAUCAAAUCCGGCUGUCUACUACAAUAGGACAAGAGUUUGGGCUCAUGUACAAGGGAUACAUCAAAACCACAGUUGGAAAUGAAAUAGUUGCAAUAAAAACGGGAAAAUGUAUGAACAAUAAUGGCCAAUGACCAACAUAUGGAGUGUGUAUUGAUGGAGAGAUGCUCCUGCUUAUCAUGCCAUUUAUGUCCAAUGGAAGUGUGUUGGAGAAUGUUAGGAAACACAAAGACAGACUCUUUAUCACUGGCGAGCUCCUAAGAGUGGAGUUACAACCAGCAUCUGCUGCACUUCUUAAUAUCUGUCUCCACAUUGCAAAAGGGAUGGAGUACCUUUCUGGACACAAGUUUGUUCAUCGCGACCUGGCAACAAGGAACUGCAUGAUUGAUGGGGAAGGAGUAAUCAAAGUGGCUAAUUUUGGACUCGCAGAGGACAUGUAUUGCACUAACUACUUCCGUGGAAGGAAGAGUGAGACUGGACAUGAGGAGAAGGUCCCUGUACGGUGGAUGGCCCCCGAGAGUAUUGAAGACUCUGUCUAUACACAGGCUACUGAUGUAUGGUCAUAUGGAGUGACAAUGUGGGAGAUUUUCACUUGUGGGAGGGUCCCAUACGCUGGAAUACAUGCCAUGGGUCUCUUGAAGGAGCUAAAGAGAGGAGGGAGACUGGAAAAACCGGAC